AUUAUCUCUUUUUUCCCUUAAUUAGUCGUUUUAUUUUUAUUAUAUAUCGUAGAAAUGGCUGAAAUAUGAAUUGGUUUAUUUUUGGAAAUAAGUUGCCGAUCUAAAAAAUGUUUUGUAUUAGAAAAGGCAGAGAUUGAAAGAGACGAUGGUUGAAGAACCGAAUAUUCUCCCCCCAAAAUUGAUGGAAAUGUGUGUUUGAUUGAUGUCUGAAAGAAUGGCGAUUGCUCAUGGAAUUGAAGCGUCAAUUUCGAAAAAAGCUCGAGUUCACCACCGCUCGAGCCCCACUUCCGAUGGUAAAUUAGGGUUGCUUGAGCGCACGGGUUCUGCCGCCGGCGCAGCGUUUCUCUCUGCAGUUUUGGUCAACCCACUCGAUGUUGCCAAGACGAGAUUGCAGGCACAGGCUGCUGGAGCCCCGUACACGCACCCGUUAAGUAAUGUCACGAGUCGCAUGGCAUAUUUCGGACCGCACAUGUUGUUUGCUGAUCUAAGGUGUUCUCGCUCAUGCACUCGUGCUGCGGUUCAUGGUACAGUUGUAAUAUGCCCCCCGGAUUGUUUCCAUUACAAAGGGACAUUGGAUGUCUUCUACAAAAUUAUUCGACAGGAAGGAUUUCCAAUGCUAUGGAGAGGCACGGGUGCUGGUUUAGCACUUGCAGUGCCAACUGUUGGUAUUUACUUACCUUUCUAUGACAUUUUCCGUAACCAAAUAGAGGAAUUUACUGCACAGAAUGCGCCAAGUUUAACACCAUGUGCACCUGUACUGGCUGGUUCAUUGGCUCGUUCUUUAGCUUGUACGAGUUGCUAUCCUAUCGAGCUCGCCAGAACACGCAUGCAGGCAUUUAAGCACAUCCAUGGUGAUAAAAAACCUCCCGGAGUAUGGAAGACUUUAAUUGACAUCCUCCCCCAGGUCAAGAGUACAACCAGCUUCAAUAACAGCUUGCAGAGCUAUAGAGUGCUGUGGACAGGCCUUGGUGCUCAGCUUGUUCGUGAUGUACCUUUCUCUGCAAUCUGCUUCUCGAUUCUUGAACCACUAAGGAGGAAGCUUCUUAUUCUAGUUGGAGACGAAGUAAAUGUGGCGAAUGUACUUGUCACAAACUUUUCUGCUGGUUUUGUUGCUGGGAGCAUUGCUGCUGCUGCCACUUGUCCUUUUGAUGUUGCGAAAACCCGUAGGCAAAUUGAGAAAGAUCCUAGGAGGGCUUUGAAGAUGACAACAAGGCGUACGCUGCUGGAAGUUUGGAGGGGAGGAAGAAUGAAGGGAUUAUUUACCGGUGUGGGUCCCCGUGUCGGGCGUGCAGGUCCUUCGGUUGGGAUUGUGUUUUCAUUUUAUGAAGUUGUAAAGCAUAUUAUGCAUCAUCACUAUGCUCUUUCUUGAUCCUUUUUCACAUUUAACAUUAACAUCUUGUUUAGUAAAAGCCUCCCCAGCUGCUGCUGCUGCUGCUUAUUAGAUUUAGCUUUAGCUUUAGCUUUUGUUAUUUAUUUAUUAUUAUUAUUACCUAGAACCUUCCGGAAACAUGUCUGAUUGAGACUCUCAAUUUUGUUGUAGUUGUUACUUAUUACUAGGGUCUGCCGGGAAAAGAUUUUGUACAAUAUUGUUUUUUUUAGCCUGUGAAAAUUCUAAUAUUGCGUUUUUUGCUCUAAUUAAUUACAAC